GAUCCUAACAUGCAUCUCUGCUCUAUAUUUCUUCAUGCUCUGUAUUUUCUUAAUUAUUGGUUCGUAGCCCUACAAGGGUCAGAACUUAAUUUGUCUACUGUUUUUUUGCUCAAGGGAAAUGAUUUAUUCAUGGAACUACAAAAGCAGAAACCCGCCGGUCAGUUAAUAUGGCAAUUAAAAAAAAUAAGAAUAAUAAGACAUAAUCCCAAAGGGGAUACAGAAAACUUCUAUGGCACAAAGGCAGAGUUUUCCAAAAAUAAUUAUUCAUUGCAAAUAAAAAAUGUAGGAUUGAAUGACAGUGGACUUUACGAAGCAUUAGAUAAUAGUGGUCGCAAAGAUGAAGUUAUUGCUGAAUACCACGUCACAGUUCAAGAGCAGGUAUCACCAGUGGUCCUGAAUGUGUCGUCUGUGUCUCCCAGUCCUGAAUCCUGUAAUGUGACCGUGACCUGUAGCACUCAGAGCUCCUCCUUAAACUCCACCUUCACGUGCACCAAUCAAACCUGCUCUGAGGAUGGAGGAGACCCAGCAGAGGUCGUGACCUCCGAUGCCCGGCUCAACCUAUACCUGUCAAAUGGUUCGAUCGCCAUCUGUAACCAUAGCAACAAAGUGAGCUGGUCAAAGGCCACGAUGGAGAUUAAACCUCUGUGUUCUGUUAUGAAUGCCACCAGCAGCCCAAGAGUUCAAUUAAUUAUCAUUUCAAGCUGUCUAGUGGGCUUCAUCAUGGCAAUGUGCAUUCUGGGAAUUUGUUAUUACAAAUGGAGGAAAAAUAACCACCCUACCGAUAACCGGGAAACCCAUUCUCCUGGUAGCGAUGACCAGAGUCCAAACUGUGACCAGUCUACCACCGUCUACAGUUUUUUAGAACCCCCUUCUUUCCCUUUAGAACCAAUUCCCUGUCAAACAGCCUCACCCGAGGGUAUUUAUGCCCAAAUUGAAAAUCACGGAAGUGUUUAGAAGGUUGCUGGUUCAAUCAGUGGCGUAGCACCAAAUUCUGGGCCCUAUAUACAAGAAGUCCUGAAGCUUUCUGAGCAGCAACUGAGCCUAGUCGACGCUGAUUGGAUACGGUUGAGGCGGGAUAUGACGUGAGAACGAUGUAUGAUUAAAGGCGCCUUCACAGUCCUGGUGAUAACGAGACGCCUCGUAAGUGACGACGCUAACGCUUACUUACGCUUGGUCCCGAUAGCGACCUUUCAUCUAAUAGUUCUUCACAGCAGGUUUUUUGUACCUGAUAAAAACCUGUCAGAACUAAAUAGAACUAAGUAGGAUCAGUUUAAAUUGUGAAUGCCUUUAUUUCCUUGUAGCUUACCACCUACUAUCCUUUUGCUUUCAUUUAUGGGAAGGACAUUGUGUAUUGCCAGUGUAUGGAAGGCUACAACUGAGCAAAGUCGAUGCCAACAUACGUUACAACGUCAAUCAAUAGUAAAGUAUGCGAUGCGAUGGUUGAUUAUUUUAUAUUGUGUAAAACUUUCAUGUUCAGCAAUGUUAAUGUGCGUCACCAGUAAACCAUAUGUCACCAACUGGGCAACUCUGUUAUCAGAAUCUGGCCCCAGUUGCCGAACGGAAGUAGAAUCAUAAGUGCGUCAUGAGGUGUCGUUCACGAGAACUUUCCGACGCGGAAAAAAUGUUUUUGCCAUAUUUCCAGCGAUGUGAACAUGCCAAAUGCGGGAUAUGCGUCUUUUGAGUGUCGCGUCACUGACGUCCCGGUCAAAAAUGACCCUAAAUAAUUUCGUACUUCACUUCUUCCUGAACACUUCUUCCGAAAUAAGUGUUCAGGAAACGCCCCUCAGUAGUUCGUAGGGUAUGACAUAAACCCGGAAAAACAGAUCGUUCGUGAGACUAGACUUCAUAACAACAAGUAUGGAUGCCCACAGGGACCUCUUUGUGCUUCUUUGCUGAAUUAGAUGAAUCAGUUAUUAGAACUGCUUGCGAUGGUUGAACAUGAGCGAGAAUUUACCAGAUGAUGUUUAUAAUUGUAAGCUAUACUGUAAAGUAAUGCAACUGUUAGAAUAGGUGUUAAGUUCGCCUCUUAGUGCUUGCUGCAAGUUCACUUUAGUCUAUCAAUGUAAUGGGCGUCCAUUGUUGUGACGUGUUCUCGGAGGACUCGGGUAGCUCUACUUCCGCCCGAAACUUAGAGCGAAAACUCAGACCCAACGGAGUGCUCAAAGCACUUUCCUCCGAGCUUAAGGUCCAAACGUCCGAACCUCCGGAAAACUCAGACCGUUUUGAAGGCGGCAAAAGGUCCCUGUAUGGGAACGGACGGCGAGGGGAACUUAGUGAGUGGGCGUAGCCAAACAGUGAGCCGCUUUCCAAGAAGUCCCUCAGUCGGAUCGUGCCUUAUGUGUCAUGUGUCCUUUGGAAGGAGGAUUCCGGUUCCUUCUUGUGAUGUUAUUUGUACUGUAUUUUGUUUGUAUUGUUGUUACUCUAAACUUUGCCUUUUGAUACUUCUUUGUUUUGAGCAUGGUUUGAGAAUGGUUAUCUAUGGAGUUAGUAUCCUAUUGGGCGUAUCCCUCCUCCAUAUGGUGCUUGGUACCCCUCUUCAACCUGUCUUCGGGCUAACUGCCCUUCUUUGCUGUAACUAAAAGCCUACUAGCUGUAGGCUUUCUGACUAUUUUUGGUCUGUUGACAUCAAAUUUUGGAUGAUCGUGGGGAUUCUAGUCGAGUUUACGUGUCAUGCAACGUUGGGGCAGGGCAGCUCAGCGACCGCGUUCCUCUGUAUGUUUAGCGCAUAACCCUGCUGCGACCUGUGAUUAACCUCAAAAAAUAAAAAUUGAGGUUAAAAUUGUAAUUUUUUGGUGUUUCUGCUUUUUUUUUAUCUUAGCUCUGUUCUCAUGCACCUUGCAUUACCACUUCCUCUUUCAUGAAGUUUCAUGUUAGGAUUUGUGUGGAUCUGAAACGCAAACGAUGACGUCAUUAGCCCCCCCACCAGGUGGGGACGUCAGAGUUGCGUUGAAUUUUUUAUUUAUUAUUUUAUUUGUAUUAUUUUUGUAGCUUUAAAUAAAGCUCAUUGAUAAAUUGAAUUACUAACUGUACAUUAAAAAGUAUUUCUGCUCAAUUUAAAAGGUUGAAUCUCCUUGUGACUGAAUGUUUGUAUACAGCGCGCAGGCUGUAUGCGCGCGGGCUUGAUGCGCUCCACUUUUUUCUGUGGAGAACCACCAGCGCCUUGAAUAUUUACCACAGUGUUUCUACAGCUCAAGUGGUUUUGCAAUGACUCCGUCUUUACGGAGAUAUUCCUGAACCGCAUAAAACGAAACCGGAUCGUUUUCACCCGUUCGGCUCCAUGUGGACCUUAGUGCUGUUCUUAAGGCUCGAUUCCACUGGACGCGUUACGGCAACGUUACGGCAGCGGCACGUCUUGGCCGCGGUCACUGCAGCAGAUAGGUUCCACUCUAAUCAAUGAGACCAUUUCCACCGGGCGCGGCUGCGGAACGUCUCAGCAACGUCCCAGGAGCGGCUCGCCGUGCCGCAGCGCUAUCAUUCUGUAGCAUUUCUAUUUUUGCCGCAAGCCGUUGCUGAACCGCGUCAAUUUCAACAGAGCAGAUCGAUCUUGGCCACCGUACUUGGUCACCUAAAUAGCUUGAACCCCAAAAGGAAUUAAUGUGACCCCUUUAACCAAUGCUGGGCCAUGUCCACUGCAGUGUGCUGCUACAUUUGUCAUGAAAGUCGGGAUGUCCACAUAGGAAUAAGUGGAACAGCAUUUUGCAUACACAUUUCAAUAAAGAGAGUACUAAGGCCAGAGGUCAGAGUAUCUAUUUUUAUAAUAUGCGCUAGCAUUUUUUAGCUAUCACAUGUUAGCUGUCGCUGAGCUAUCAACACGUGAUAGCUCACAUAUUUUCCAUGACGAUAGAUCUAUGGUUUACAUUCAUUGCGGAACUUCGUUGUUAUUCGAAAAGAUCUAAAUUUCGCCAGUCACUCUUCCAAGUAUCAGCCUAAUGCACGGUAGGACGGAACUCAGCUCAAAUUCGAACACUAUGACUUUAAAGAAUAUGCAUUUUGGGGUUCAGAGUUCUAGCAAGGAGGCAAAACGUGUUAUUCCAAUGAUAAAAACAGUAACUGUUGUUAAGGUUUACAGAAGCUAAACUUCUCUAAAAUUAUUUAAAUAUAGGCUACAGACUUCCUCUGUGACUUUGAAAAUAAAGAUCUGUGUUCCAGUUUCCCCAAAGUAGUUUUUCAGUUUUGUUUAAAACCUUAAAGUAUGUAUUAUAGGAUCUUAAACAUAGAAAUCGAUGCUAUUUUGUCACUUUUCCAGAUGUCCAAAUGCCUCAGAGGAGUCACUCACUGCGACGACACCUUCCAUAGUUGGACGUUGUCAAACGGAUGAUAUCACAGUGUUGCCUUUUGAAGUUGGACUGUCCAAAUGUAGA